AUAAGUGGGCAUUACAUCCAUAACGUAAUGUCAUAUGGUGAUGGUUAUAUAGUAGCAUUAAUGACAGUUAUCGUAUUUUCUAUGACUGGUAAAGCUGUAUUACAAUUCAUUAUUCUUGGGGAAUAUGUGGAGCAAUUCUUCAUCAAUAAUAUGAGCAAUAUAGAAGAUGAAAUAUACCAGGAAAGGAUUUUUCGCGCAAUGAAGUUUGUGGCAGUUCAUUACCGUACGAUACUGAGGCUCAACAGGAACAUUCUGGAUGUCUGGAAAUAUUGUGUGCUGCAGGUUUUACUUAUUGGAGGAAUUUCUAUUUUUUUAUAUAUGCUCAUUAUGAUUGGGGAUGUUAGUCCUAAUAUUGCAAAAUGGAAGGUGAUCGCAGGAUGUACUGCUGUUUUGUAUAAUACUAUAUUAUUAUCUCAUUUUGGACAAAGUUUUUCCGAUGAGUCAGAGAGAUUCUUCAGCAGCUUAUCCAAUGUACCGUGGUACACUUGGGAUACGAAGAAUAAAAGGAUGCUUUUAAUACUGCUACCUAAUCUAAUAAAGCCGGAAGUCAUUGGUUUUGGUGGAAUUGUAGACCUCAACUACCAGCUAAUCCAAACAUUCACAAGAGUGGUUUACAAAGCGGCAUGCAUUUCACACAGCAUCAGUCAAAAGUAGGAAAAGCUUCGAGAUGGAACAAAGAAAAUGUUAAACUUCUUCUUAAUACAUUAUAUUUUAUACUUUUAUGUAUAGUACAUGUGUUUUUCAAUUUUGAAAGUGAGAGCU